AUGCCUCCCCCACCCCCAUCCCCAUCCCCCUUCCAAAUCCGAGACGCCAGCACCAACACCAACCCCUCCGACACCCCCUUCAUCAUCUCCACCUUCGACUCCUCCCUCACCUACCUCUCCUCCAUCGGCAGCAUCGACCAAUGGGGCCUCACCCCCUUCUCGGAACGGGGCGACUUCCCCACCGAAACACGAAAAGAGAUCCAACAGUCGGAGACAAACCAGCGCACAGGAAGUAACAUCUCCAACGGACUACGCAUAUUCAUCGUCGAGCGGGAAUAUACCCACACCCAUCCCGAAGCCGGCGACACUCCCCCGCAUCUGCGCCUGACAGCCGACGGGAAACGCGUUCUACCUGUUGGAUUCGCGUAUGUUCGGGAGAAUUGGGUUCCGGGGUAUGUGGCUUCGCAGACGCAACUGGCUGUUCCGGUUCCUGUACCUGUUCCGGUUCCGGGGACAGAGGGGGAAGGGGAAGGGGAAGGGUUUCUCUAUCUUGAGGUGAUCGUGACGGAUACGCGAGUGGGAGAGCUUCGUCGCGGGGCGGGGGCGGCGCUGAUACGAGGGAUUCGGGAGUAUGGGCGGGAGAGAGGGAUGAGGGCGCUGUGGGUGGAUAGUUGGGCGGGGAAUGGGAGGAAAUUGGUCAGGUACUAUGAGGAGCAGGGCUUUGAGGCAGUGGGGGACUGGAGUCAUGAGAGGGCGAAUAAGAGCCCGUGGUUGGGGACGCUGAUGAGGAUGGAGAUUUAG